UGAAAUUCACCACACGAUUAUAAGUAGGUAUUAAACGCUUAGUUCCCAUCUGUAGUUUCUCAAUAUUAGAGUCAAGCAUCGAUUAUUAUAUCUACAGCAUGGCAAGCCGCCUUGUAAGCUUUUGAAAUCUGGUCUUUUAAUAUAUACAUCAUAUUAGUUUCCCGGCAUUCUCACCUGCUUCAAGCUACUAAUAAGUCAAAUAUCCUUGAAUACUACGCGGCCAGAUAAUCUUACUAUGACUUAUUCCACCUCGAAUCUUUAUUCUCGCCCUGAAGGGGUCCACGCCGUUCCAAUCGAACUCCUCGAUUUACGGCCAGACUCGGAAAUUGAUUGUGAUCUUCUGCACCCAUCGUCAGUUUCAAGUGAUAAGAACAUUUGGUUUUUCUGGCACAAUGGUUUUCUGUCCAUGCAUCAUUAUGCACAACGAAAUAUCCGCGCCUGGCACCGACGGUUUUCAAAACAAGGUUGGACUAUCCGUGUCCUCGAUCGUCAACGGUCUUCACCUUUUAACGUGGCAAACUUUCUGAAUAUCUCUUGCCUCAGUACUUUCCCCCGUGCUUUUGCAGACGAUACCAUUGGCGGCGAUUAUGGCCUCCAACACACAUCCGACCUUGUUCGGUUUCCCCUUCUGCUCAAGUACGGCGGCGUAUAUGCCGAUGUGGGAAUGAUGCAAAUCGGUGAUUUGGAUCGCAUGUGGCGGGAGACCAUCGACAACAACACUUCGCCAUUCGAGAUUCUGUCAUACAAUGCAGGAACAGUCGAAGAGCGCUGUCUCACAAAUUACUUCUUGGCUUCUAAACGAAACAAUCCUAUGGUUGAGAGAUGCCACAAGCUAUUGCUAGCCUUGUGGGCUGCAGAUGGUGGCAAGACAAGCACCAAGGGUAUGCACUCUAGUCCUUUGUUGAGAGGCGUCGAGUUAAUUGGGGGCUCAUUUACCAUUGAGGAAGACGGGAACACCAUUUCGGCUGAAGAUUGCAGCAAGUUAUUGACGGAUUAUAUCAUUCAGGGACAAACAAUGACGAUGGUGAUGAGACUAAUUGAUGAAAAUGACAACUGGAACGGGCCAAAGUAUUCCGCUGAGCGUGUGUAUGCCAUCGAGUACAUGGAAGGUUCACAGCUUAUUAAUGAACUUACGGUAUGGGACGGGCGAAAGGCAUUUCAUCUGAUGUCACUCUUUAUCCCUCGUGAGGGUGAAGUGGAGAGCCCAGAGCAAAAGGAGGCCAGAGAAAUUGUGGAAGCAUGUUUGAAAAGGAGUUUCGGCUUCAAAUUAGCCCAUGGUCUCAUUUUACGAGUAUUUGGAGAGACGUUAGGAUCACUGUGGAGGAAGCAUGAUGGGUCGGACAUUAUACCUGGAACAUAUGCGGGUUGGUUGAGACAUGGCAUGAUACAUUGGACACAAGAUGAGCUUCCGCCUAGAAUGAGAUUUCAAAUGUUGGAACCAAUCAGAAGAGGGCCGUUACUAGGUGAGAAUUAAGAGUUUGGAUUACUAGAAGAUUAUAAUUAGAAUAAAUACAACUAAUGACAACUUUUUAAUAUUCGAGACCUUAUAAUUAUCCACC